AGUCCUGCAGGUGGCGCUGUGGCUGCGCUCAGACUCAUGUAGACAUGCAGGAGCUCCGAGAGUGAAUGAAAAAAUAAACUCGUUGAAAUUGCACAUGUAUUGAUCAAAUAUUCAUGCACGAAAAUGUACCGAGGUACAUCGAACCCGGACUAUCACCGGCCACCUGUACCCCCGUCAGGGUUCGGACACCCCGCAGCAUCUUUUGGACCUCUGCCGUUCUGCCCUCCUUUUGGGGUUCCUCCGGGGCCUCGAUACUGCGCUCCACCGCCGGGUCCUCCUCCGGGACGCCCGUACGGAGCAGGGAAUGAAAACUACAACAGAGAAUUUUACGAGACCCGACCCUUCACUAGCCACACUGCUGACCAAAGUGGAUCCACGCUGAUCAGCUCUCUGGUCACACCUUCAAAUCAGAAUCAGCUUGGUCACUCGUCACAAAACUGGUCAACCCAAAGUCUAGAUGAGCAAAACCAAGAAGUCAGAAAAAAGGCAGAAGAGUUUCUCCGAAUCCUGGAGGCAAGUGACCGGAUAGAGCUGCCGGGAGAUAAAAGUGACAAUGUUACAGCAGACAAGCAUCCAAGCCAAACGCGGAGUCGGAGCAGAGGGAGGAGCCGUCCACGCAGUCGCAGCAGGAGCCGUGGAAGGAGCAGUGGCCGCAGUCGAGCUCGGAGUCGAGGAAAGAGUCGGGCUCGCAGCAGAACACGCAGCCGUAGUCGCAGUCGAGGUAAAAGCCGCACAAGGGCCAAAAGUCGUGCAAGGAGUCGUAGCCGCAGUCGCAGUCACGGGAAGAGCGGAACAAGCAGUAAGAGUCAAUCACGCCUGAGUCCCAGCCAGACAAAACAGUCCUCUAGAGGGACCACUGAAGGUAGUCACAGCUCGAGCAGCGCCAGCAGCGGAAUGAGCCUUGGCGGUAGUGCCAUGCCUGAUCUGUUUCAUGGACUAAGACAGAUCUUACAGAACAAAGAUCUAGACAAACACCUGCCUUUGGUCAAGAAUGCCCUCCUUAGAAGCCAGAAUACUGAUGACACAAGAGGAAUGUAUCUGCCGAAUCAGUCUGCAGUUCGAGGCUUUCAGAACCCAGAACUAAGGUCAGAGCCUGAAACCUCUGCUGAGCUCUCUUAUGGUUCCCUGCUUCCUCACGAGAGAGCUGGAGGAGACAGCAGCAGCUAUUCCAAUAUCUUAUCCUGGAACACACCCAACCAGCAGCCUGAAACUAAGCCUGCGUUCCAGAGUGUUGAAGAUGAAGAAAAAUUCCUUUAUGGAGAGGAAGAGGAGCGAUCCAAACCUCAGGCUGUGACGGUUCCACUGGCCCAGACGAGAUCUGUGAGGUCUCCGGUUCAUCAUCUCAGUAAAGAACACCAGACUCACUGUCUCCAGGAACCCAAAACACAUGCCGUCCCUGCUAGCGUGCAGCCCGCUGCUUCUGGCACGACGAAAGUCACCCCAGAAGAAUGCGAGAAGGUGAGAAACCUUCUGAGGACCAUCGGCCUGAAUCCAGGCAUGGCUGACAUCUGUAAAAUGGCUGCCAGACUGAAGGAAAAAAAGGAGGAACAAGGAGCGCCUGCCUCGCUCCCGAUGUUUAAACCAGCCCUGGAGGCGCUGCAAGCACUGUCCAGAGCAUCCAAAACGGAUGACAGUAGGAGUAAUCACUCUGGAAGCAGCCAUUCUAAUCAAGAGUCCAAGCGUGAGAAGAAGACUGAUGAGAAGGAGCGAGACAGAAGAGAGAAGCAGAUUCAGAAGAAAAGGAAAGAGUACCUGGUGAAGGAACUGGAGGGUCUGCUGAAACAGGAAGGUAGGGGCGAUUUGAUCCCGGUGAUGGGUUUCUUCUGCCAGCGCUGUGAGGAGUUCUUCGGCGAUCUGAACAGCGCAGAGAGACAUGUAGAAAGUCACAGCCGCAAGGACAGGAACAAGGAUGCUAAGAGACAUGAAGACCAGCAUCACACAUCAUCUCACAGACGGGAUAGCCCACACAGUAGGGCCGAGAAAUCGACGUCCACACGGGCCUACCAGGACCAGAGGGAACGCAGUCCUGACAGGAAGCGCACCAAAGACGAAAGAAGCCCUCAUUCUACGGAUAGCAAACUCAAAAACGAGCCAGAGGGCAAAGACAGUAAGGAUGAGAGUAAAGACAAAUACAAAGUGAAAAAGGAAAAAACAGAUGACGACGAUGUAGAAUCAACAAAGAGUGAGAAAAAGAAAAAGAAGAAAGAGAAGAAAAUGAAAAAGAAAGAAAAGAAGAAGAAAAAGGACAAGAAAAAAGCAGAGGCUAAAGAUUCACCUUAGUGUUUAAGAUCUUUCUUCUUCUAAAAGCAUCAGCUGUAUGUUUGAGCUUUUGCAGCAGCACUACAUUUCAGUCAGCAGUCAUUGGUGAAUCUUCUCUGGUUGAAACGUGAUUGUUAAUGUUAAUGCAUCCUGUAGAUGACAGUAGUACAGAGACGGUUCACUUAUAUAGAGACACUUGUCGGACUAAAACUAAAGCCAGAACUUUCUAUAAAUGUCCAGACAGUCUGCUUGUAUAUCCAGCCCAAUCUGAAGUUUGUCCCAUUUCUCACUGUCCUGUGAACAGUAUUCCACAAACCAAACGUGCUGCAACGUUCUCGCUCUGAAACAUUCAUACUGUAAGUUUGUGUGCGGGAAUAAAAGAUUUUGUGAUUAGA